GCUCUGGGUAGUGGCACGAUCAAGGCUGGGCUCCGAGACUGAUGUUCAACAGAACUAGCAGGAGGGCUCCCAAGGACAACAUGCCUAGUUUAACGGGCUUUCGAUGUUAAGAUACGAGCUUUGUAGCCCAACAUCUCUGGAGAGCACCACGGUUCGAGAAGACUGCCUGAGGCCCCAGUUUGUCAGGAUAUGGGCCUCUGAGACCAAAAGACCAUGACAGGGUAUCGAGCUCAUAGGAUUACUGGAGUGACUCAUGGCACUAUACUUCACUGGCAGUUAUGGUCCUGGUUGCCUGAACUGAUGCACAAGCGAGUCACAGCUUUCUGGCCAGGGGAAGAAGAAAGGCACUCCAUGAUUGUAGACGCAGAAUCAAGCAUCUCUACAAAACUCCUCCUAGUGGCCAAGGUGCUAAUAGCUGAUGACUACUCUGACCCAUUUGAUGCCAAAAGUGAGGGCAGCAAAACAGGCAAGGGAGAAAACACUGGCUAUAUGGAACCAUAUGAAGCUCAGAGGAUAAUGACAGAAUUCCAGAGGCAAGAUAGUGUGAAGCCCCAGCAAAAAGACAUUCAGUUGUACGACACGCCUUACGAACCUGAAGGCAACGGCAUGGAGUCAGAUUCAGAAAGCAUAGUGAGUCAGCGCUUGCGAGAAAGCAAGUUGCCACAGGAUGACGACAGACCUGCGGAUGAAUAUGACCAGCCAUGGGAGUGGAACAAGGUCACC